CCGUGUUAGAAACGGAGGCCUGAAAGGAAAAGAGCUGCAUAAAAACACUUGCGGAAGUAAAUACCGGGCACAUAAAUGUGUUAUCGAAGGGCAAGUUUCAGUUGUCUCUUCCAUCCAAAUCUGGGAAAGGCUUUUUUUUAAUGACUUCCAUGCAUCUGCCAGGACCUGGCUCCCAAGCCACGACGGAAACUCCUACUUUUUAACUUGAGGUUUUGAUCACGCGAGAGCGAGCCAGAGCGGGCGAGAGCGAACCGGUCUUGAUGAAGCCUGGAGGACCAAUCACAGCGACCGGGAAGCUGGAAAAUGGAGGCUAAAGGUCAGACGGAAGUUCUUUAAGCUUCCGGUGGCCGGCUAGCGUUUGGACUAUGGCUAAACAUCAUCCGGAUUUGAUCUUUUGCCGCAAGCAGGCUGGUGUUGCCAUCGGAAGACUGUGUGAAAAAUGUGAUGGCAAAUGUGUGAUCUGUGACUCCUACGUGCGUCCCUGCACUCUGGUGCGCAUCUGCGAUGAGUGUAAUUAUGGCUCUUACCAGGGGCGCUGUGUGAUCUGUGGAGGCCCUGGAGUCUCUGAUGCCUAUUAUUGUAAGGAGUGCACCAUCCAGGAGAAGGAUAGAGAUGGUUGCCCAAAGAUUGUCAAUUUGGGGAGCUCUAAGACAGAUCUCUUCUAUGAACGCAAAAAAUACGGCUUCAAGAAGAGGUGAUUGGUGGGUGGCCUCUUCCUCCCACCCAGUGCAGCAGCUGCCAGAAAAGACGCCUACCACCACCAGCACAGAGGGAGUAGGCACAGGGCACCGCCUGAGUGCCUGUUAGUACACGGGCCCCUCUCCACGUUGCCUCUCCUCUUACCCGGAAAAGAAAUCUUUCACAGAACACUCUGGCACACCAUAGCAGAGAAAAAUAGAUAGCCUGGUUCAUGAUUUUUCUUGAAUUCAAGAAACAAGCAUGUUUUCCAAAUUGCUAUGUUCUCUCUACACCAAGAGCUUCUGAAACAGGAAUAAUAUCAUCUCAGUCUUCUGUUUGAGGAAUUGACUGUGAAGCUACCGCAGUGAGAAACCUGUUUUUGGCAGCUGUCCUUGAUGAGACAUCUGCAGUGUGGUGGGGGGCUCUCCGAACAGUCAGCGUGGGCAUUGGAUCUUGUAACACUUAGCAGGUGGUACCUGUUCAUGUUAUUUUUCUUCUAAGAACUUGGAAUCCCUUUCUGUUGCUGUUGUAUUAAUAAAGCAGGUGUUUCUUUUCUGGUA